AAAGGUUAGUUUAGAAAUUGUUUUAGAUUCAUUUUAAUAGUCAAUAAUGACUAAGGUCGAUUCGUCGAGAUCAGUCAAUGCUAUGAAUGAAAAAAUUUGGUGGGUAGUACGUUUAAUGUCUGGUAGAGUACAAGCUAGAAAAUUGAAUAUAUUCUACGUACGUCUGUCUAAUCAGUGAGAAUUUUACCCCAUAUCAAUAAUGUGGUGUGAACUGCAAUUUUCAAGUUAUAAAUAAGUUUAAAUACAAAAAUCAGCGUAUAAAAAAAACGUAGAACAAAGCCUUUGUAAGAAAAAAAGCUAUGUAUAAACUGCAUAUUAUUGAUUUGAUGUUAUUAUCAGCAGACUCAUUUAACCCCUUGAUCAUUAAAAAAAAAUAAAAUAAUCUGCUAAUGACAUUGCUCUUUAGAAAUAGAGUACUCAGCCAUUGGCCUAAGAGAUGGAUGGAUAUGCUUCCUAAUGACGAAAAUCAUUAUUUAUUAUAGUAGUAAAAGCUUUAGCAUAAUCACAUAAUUGCCCUCAAGGUGACUUACAUAUAUGUAGAAAUUUUGAAGAUGAUCGUAUUUCUGCGAUUUUUUGCACCUUUAUACCUUGAAGAAAACAAUUUCAUUAUUCCCUUUAUAUGAGUGUUUUGAACUUAUUAUAGAUGGAAUUGCAAAUAGCAAAGAGAUCAAUUUUUUCCAACACAUGUAUAACACAUUAAACUUGUAUUAAAACACAGUUAUAUUAUAAUUAUAUGUAUCAUCGUUUUGCAAUUUUAGUCUACGUAUGUGAAAUUAAAGGACAUAUCGUCCUUUAUAAAAUUUAUUACUAACUUCCUAUACAUUUGAGAAUAUUCAUCGGUGCUAUUCAAAAUAACACAAUUGUCUCAAGUUGAAGAUAGCAUCUAGAAAUUAUUUGGUAGAUGCAUUGAGAUGUCUUAUACACAAAUAGAUUUAGUCUUAUAUUCAAAAACAUGUUUUUUAAUAUUCAACUUAUCGUUUCUCAUUUCGUUUUUAAAUAUAAAAGAUAUGUUUACAUGUGUACUGAAAAAAACUUUGAUAAACAGAAAUGCUGUGAUAAUGUUAAAGUAUGUUGUGGGUGCAUAUCAUAUUGUUUAAAUAAAGCGAUUAUCAUCUUGAUGAUUGCAGCACUCAUGAAUUUUUUUUAUUGCAGCUAGAAGCCUAGUUUAAAAUUUUUAUCACAUAUAAGGAAGGUUAUAUUUAUCAAGACACAAUGAUAAAAAAGUCACAACGAUUCAUUUGAAGUGCUAUCGUGCUAAUAUUAUAAUAUGCUUUUUAUAUAUGUAUACGUAUGUGUGUAUAUGUAUAUGUAUGUAUGUAUGUGUAUAUAUAUAUAUAUAUAUAUAUAUAUAUAUAUAUAUAUAUAUAUAAUAUAACUUAUGUGUAAAAUACAGUGAGACAGAGAAGUACUCUAUGCAGAUUGCAAUGAUAAGAUAAAAUUGAUCAUCAUACUUUGUUAUAUAUUAUGCUUAAAAAUAAUUUAUUUGAAUUUAGAAUGACAAAUUUUGUUCUAACACUGCACUGCCUACUUGCGCUUUUAAUAAUAGCACUUAAGCAUUUUUGUAUAGUAUCAAUGAAACAUGUUUUUUUGUGUUUUUUAAAGAAUUACUUAUUAUCAUUCUGAAAACACUAUUUAAACUUCAUAUAUAGUCUUAGACAUUGUCAUUGAAGCUGAUUCUUGAUCAUUUUCCAAUUUCCAAUUCAUUAAAAUAUGGAGAUUAUGGAGUGAUAUGUGCCGUGUAAAAUGACUUUAUUAAAGAAUGUAAACAUCCACAUAACACUCUUUUUAUCUUCCAGCAUGGAUAAUAUUUCAUUCAAAUUCAAUUUAACAUUUUUAUUUACAAUAAUAUUAAUCAUAUAUUAUAUGAUCAAGUUAGUUAUUUAAUUGUCAAUGGAAUUAAUGAUUAACCAUUGAUGAUUGUUACCAUGUAAAAAUAAAUGAAAACGAUAAGUAAGAUGAGAAUAUACUUCUACAGAGUAGUUUAUUAAUGUAUGUUUAUGAUAGUAGAUUUAUCAAUUAUUCUGGAAAUAUACUUGAAAUCAUUGACAAAUUAUUUUGUAAAAUUAUAUUCUCAUUUCGCCUUUUGUUUUAAUUAAUUAUUAGUUGUCAUUAGUCUUUGAUUGGAAUGAAAUAUUGCCCAAAAAAUACUGCUAUCUUCCAUACUUUUUCUCUCUCAUGUACUGUGUAGUGUGAACGUCGAUUUUGUGAUUGUGUAACUUACAAUGAUGGGUAUGUCGAUUGUUGCACAUCUUUAUACAGUUGAUACGAUAUUUAGAUACUUGUUUAACUUUCAUAAAUGUUUUUCCUAUAAAUGCAUAAUGCACAUUGUUAGGAGAAUUGUCAGUACCUAUUGUGAAAAUGAAUAAUUUAUCAUUGUUUUUAUUUUGAAUAUGUUAAGGUACAUGAAACCUUUAAUAAAUUUGCUAAUUCUGUUAGAUCGUAAUCCGUACUUCUAAUUAAUUUUCCUUUUUAUUUAAAAAUUUAAAUGGAAUAUUAGAAAAAUUACACUCCAAUUAUGUGCCAAUGACAAAGAAAAGCGUUGCAUAUUAAACUUAGAUUUAAAUACAUUGUAUCGCGUAUCUAAGAAUGUUAUUUGUAUUCCUUUCAAAGUGCACUUAAUUGAAUAAGAAUUUGUAUUCGUUUAAAAAGUGCAAUUUAUUCUGCGUUUCGAUGUAAAACACUGUUUUUAAUUCGACUGUUGUCCAAAGCGUAAAUCGUAGGUCACUAAUUUUGUAAAUACAUAAUUUAAUUUCAAUGCGCUUAUGUAUCAAAGGAUAUGAUAUUUUACUGAGUUUAUUAUUUAAUUAUUUUAUCAAAGAUUUUCUAUUUUUAUUGUAAUCCUUGGAGUGUUAAAUUAAUCAUCAAGAAUUCGAAUGAAAAUUAUAUUUAUGAGUGCAAUAUCUUCGAUAAGUGUGACGUGUUAUCUUUUCUUUUGUAUCGUGUUUUCUUUCUAAUUAUUAAAGAUUUAUUUCGUGUUUUCCUAUUUACUGAAUAAUCAUUGAAAACAAACCCCUUUUUCAAAAGAUAUCGAGUAAAUGUUUUUAAAUUUUCCUUCCUUAAUCAAAGUAUCAAACAUCGAUAAUAAUCGAAGUUUAGUUCGGUCCAAGAAAGAAUAUCGAAGAAGAUGGCGCGAGUGUCGGCAUAUCAAAGAUUUUAAGACGGGAGUGUCCAUCCCCCACUGACGAGGCUAUCGCAGAUGUCGUGGACGCGAGUACGUGGUGUUGAAUGCAGAGUGAUUCGUCUCACGCGAGUUUCUGAGUUCAUGGGAGUUGUGUUCACAAUGGAUUGCUCGAUACCUGUUGCGCGAGUUUACGAUAACCGAUUUCAGUCGUUAACUGGUCGUCAUUACUCAUCCUAGAGAGAGCUUAAUAAUUGGAAGCGAUCGAGAAUGAGGAAGUAUCGUGAACGUCGUCGUCGUCGUCGCCGUCGCUGUUAUUGUUACUGACCACCGUUCUUCGUGUUGACAGAGAGAGUGCACAUUGUUCCUGAAUCGUGUUUAUUUACGAUACGUCUUUGUACGACCGUGCGCUACCGCCGAGAUUGCGCGCCCGUGUUAAUUGAUACAUACGUAUAUAUAUAUAUAUAUAUAUAUAUAUAUAUAUAUAUACAUAUAUAUAUAAAAUAUAGAUAUAUACACAUGUAUGUAUAUUCGUUUCUUCGAGUGUGACAUAUACAAAGUCGAAACAAUGGGUAGCGUGCAAAGUCGUACCAACGAAAACGACGCCGGUGUACGGGAAGUAUUUCAUGGGGCUAUCAAAGACGGAUCUUCUCAGCAUUCUUAUCAGCCAACGAGUCAUGGUAUCGGAGCUUUGGCCGGAUUACAUGCGAAAAGUGGCAGCGUCCGUGGUGCACCAAGACAACCGAUGCCGGAUGCCGUAGAACUUGAAAGGCGCUUUACUAAAGUCUUGGCUUCUAUGGAUUUACCACCGGAUAAGGCGAAACUUUUGAAACAGUACGAUAACGAAAAAAAAUGGGAUAUUAUAUGCGAUCAGGAAAGGGUACAAGCGAAAGAUCCCCCGUCGCACUACUUGGCAAAAUUACGUACAUACUUGGAUCCAAAAGCGUCACGAAGCCAUCGAUCGUAUCGUUUCCUCACAUUCUUCCAGAAAAGAAAAAUGGUCGGGGAGUCUACAUCGACCCAAGUACUUCGGGAUUUGGAAAUCUCCUUGCGCACAAAUCAUAUAGAGAAUGUUUCAGAUGGGUAAGGGAAUUCCUGGACGAGGAGAAUCAAGGACUGGAUGCGCUGAUAGAUUACCUUAGCUUCAGAUUACUCAUGAUGCGACACGAACAACGUCUUUUGGAAUCUCACGCUAGUUCUGAAGAAAAAUUACAAACGAUCGAAACAGGUGGUUCUUCGCACUUGAAUAAUGGAUGUUUAAGACCAUCUCUUCACGAACUUAAAGACAGUCCCAGUGUAAAACGCAGAUCCAGACAUGUGGCUCGUUUGAAUAUGGGCGAAGCAAAGGACGAUAUCCAUGUUUGCAUACUUUGUAUGCGUGCCAUUAUGAAUAAUAAGUACGGGUUCAAUAUGGUUAUACAACACAGAGAAGCAAUUAAUUGUAUUGCACUUAGUUUAAUGCACAAAAGUUUAAGGACGAAAGCUUUAGUUUUGGAACUUCUUGCGGCAAUUUGUUUAGUAAAAGGCGGACAUGAAAUUAUUUUAUCGGCGUUCGAUAAUUUCAAAGAAGUGUGUAUGGAAAGGCGAAGAUUUACUACGCUCAUGACUUAUUUUACGCAAUACGAUAGUUUCCAUAUAGAAUUUAUGGUUGCCUGCAUGCAGUUCGUGAAUAUCGUUGUUCAUUCUGUGGAAGACAUGAAUUUUCGAGUACAUCUGCAAUAUGAAUUUACAAAGUUAGGCCUCGAUGAAUAUUUAGAGAAACUUAGACAUACGGAAAGCGAAGAUUUGCAAGUUCAAAUCUCUGCUUACUUAGACAAUGUAUUCGAUGUUGCUGCUUUAAUGGAAGAUAGCGAAACGAAGACUGCCGCAUUAGAAAAAGUAGCUGAAUUAGAAGAUGAACUUGGUCAUGCACACGAUAGAAUGACCGAGUUAGAACGAGAAUCUUUAGCGAAAUUAGCUGAAUUAGAGACUGAAUUAGGUGCAUUGAAGAUAGAAUACACAGAUGUUUCGGAAGCGCGUAGAAUAGCAGAGGAGGAACUCACAGCGCUCAAACGACAAAAACAAGACUCUGCGCGUAGGCAAAGCGUUUUGGAGAAUAAGAUAAUCGAAUUGGAGACCCUUACAGGAACUCUUACGAAGAGUUCGUCGGCUAAUAUGCGAAAUGGAAACGCUAUAAGUCCUUUGAACAAUCCUGAUAUUUUCGGCUCUGAGAAUACUAUGUCAUCUGAACUAAAUACAGAACAACUGUCAACGUCAGAUCAAGUUCAUAAUUCUACGCCAGCUCCACCUCCACCACCUCCACCACCAUGUCCACCACCACCACCUAUGGCACCUCUUUCACCGGGCGAUCACAAGAUACCACCACCUGCACCUAUACCACCACCACCAGCUGGCAUGAUGCAAGCACCUGAUGGAGCAAUGACAAUUAAAAGAAAAGUACAAACAAAGUACAAAUUGCCUACCCUUAAUUGGAUCGCAUUAAAACCGAAUCAAGUACGAGGCACUAUCUUCAAUGAAUUAGAUGACGAUCGAUUGCAUAAUUACAUAGAUUUUUCUGAUUUUGAAGAAAGAUUCAAGAUCGGUAUGAGUGGUCACGUAGCUAAUGGCAAUAGUGAACUGGAUGGCCUGCAAAGCUUUCCUAGUAAAAGAUUUAAGAAGCCUGAAAAUGUGUCUCUUUUGGAACAUACGAGAUUACGAAAUAUUGCAAUAUCACGUAGAAAGAUGGAGAUGCCAGUGGAAAAAGUGAUAAUGGCCGUAAAUGCUCUUGAUUUGAAGGUGCUUUCGCUUGAAAAUGUAGAAUUAUUACAGCGUAUGGUUCCAACUGAUCAGGAGAUAAAAGCUUAUCGUGAAUAUAUUAUCGAAAAGAAAAAUAUAAAUCUCUUAACCGAAGAGGAUAAGUUUUUGAUGCAAUUAGGAAAAGUAGAAAGAAUAUCGACUAAGCUUUCAAUUAUGAAUUACAUAGGAAACUUUUUUGAUAAUUUACAUCUGAUUACGCCACAAAUACAUGCUGUGAUAUCUGCAUCAAGUACUGUGAAAAGUUCUAAGAAAUUAAGAGCAGUUUUAGAAAUCAUUCUUGCUUUUGGAAACUAUUUAAAUAGUAGCAAACGUGGACCUGCUUACGGAUUUAAAUUACAAAGUUUAGAUACGUUAUUAGACACAAAGUCUACAGAUAAAAGGAUGUGCCUUUUACAUUAUAUAGUAGCAACAAUACGAAUUAAAUUCCCGGAACUCAUUAAUUUCGAUUCCGAACUCAUGUAUAUUGAUAAAGCUGCAACAGUUUCUCUUGAAAAUAUAAUAACCGAUGUUCAUGAAUUGGAAAAGGGUAUGGAUCUUGUAAGAAAAGAAUUCGAACUUCGUGGUAAAGAAAAACAUAAUACCGUUCUACGCGACUUUUUAAAUAAUUCCGAAGAGAAAUUACGUCGACUCAAAUCAGAUGCUCGUGCUGCGGGUGAAGCAUUUCGAGAAUGCGUUGAAUAUUUUGGAGAGAGUCCCAGACAAGCAGAUGCGAAUACCUUCUUCUCGCUUCUUGUUAGAUUCGCAAGAUCUUUUAAGGCAGCGGACCAAGAAAAUGAACAACGUCGUAGAUUAGAAGCUGCUGCUGCGGAAGCUUUAAAUACGUCUGAGCAAGUAAUUAAACGAAAUAAAUUGAACCAGAAGAAGCAACAGGAUGCUGUCAUAAAUGAACUCAAGAAUAAAACAAGACUGGUUCAAGAGAAGAAACUUCUACAGCAAGACGAAGUGUAUAAUGGUGCUCUAGAGGAUAUACUUCUUGGUCUUAGAUCGGAACCAUAUCGUAGAGCAGAUGCUGUGAGACGUAGUCAACGCCGGCGAAUUGAUAACCACAGACUUUCUCGCACUGCCGAAGAACUUGAACUUUAAUUCAAAACAGUAUGUAGAUCAGAUAUGCAAUAAGUCUUAUCUAUUAAAUAAUCUAACUGUUUAAAGAAUAUUACCAUUCUCUAGCAGAUAAUUUUUUGUAAACACGCUAGGCUGAAAAUACAUAAUAUUCAAUGAUUUAGUAAAUACUUAUGCACAAAUCAAUAUGAUGUUAAAAUCUAACGAAUAACGAAACAUAUUUCUUAUCAGAUAAAUUUUUGAUAUGUGUUUUCUAACGCCUCAUUAUACUGAUAUUGAAUAUUUAUAACAUGAAUAUAAUUUUGAUAUGAAUAUAUCAACUAUUUGUGAUAAGUUUAACGCACAAUAUUUGAAUCAUACUGUAUUCAAGAUUCAAUGGUUUAUGUGAAAGUGGCGGUGCUACUUUCAAUUUUGUUUAUGAACGUUCUUGUUCAUAAAUAACAUUUAUGCUCAUAUGCCUUUAUAUUACAUACUAAAGACAUGAAAACUGUAUUAGAUGCAUAUUAUAAGACGCAUAUUACAAUUUCAAAAUUAUGAAAGGCAUGAAGCAGUUUAUUCCAGUGAUGAUACAGAUGAUAUACACGAUUAUAAUACCUAAAAUGUGAAAGACGUAAUUAUUGUAUGAAGUCUUACAAUAAGUAAAGGAUAAGACAUCUUCAGAGAAAAAAAGGAAGAUCAUAAAAUAAGCAUCUUGUAAUGUCUCGAUCCUGAUGUAAUAGCGAAAAUGAUAUUAUUACCAAAUUUUAAUGAAAAAAGAAAAAAACAAAAAAAAAAUAUAUAUAUUUUUGUUUUAUUAAUUAUCGAUCACUAUUAUACUUCAUACAUUUAUAUUUUCCUCUGGAAUAAAUGGCAUUUAAUUGGAUCAAUUAUUCACGAUAUAUUAUACAUUGGAACUAAUGAUAUGUAUAUGUUUAUAAACCAAAAUUAUAUAUUGUUCCUUCUAUUUAUACUUUACUGUAUUUACUAAUGACUAUCUUGUGUGACAACAUUCCACAAAUUACACUAGAAUCGUGUUUGUUAGCCACUUUAUUAGGCUUGUAUGCAUUUGUCAACUUUGUGAUUAUAAAAGUGUAAUGUGGUAUGUUUAUAGUUUUCUAUUUUGGAAUACUAGAAAUAUACUUAAACGUCGAAUCAAUCAGUAAUUAUUUUGAGAUUACAAGAAAAAUAUUUUGUUGUCCUAUCUUUCUAUAAAUGAGACUGAAAAAGAAUCCAUAUUCUAGAGUGUAAUAUUACUGAAACAAAGAUAGUGAUUUAGAUACCAUUGGACUUUUUUAUGCAUAUAGAUGCUAUUUUUGUACUAUAUGAAAAAAUGAUGGCUGGCAUGAUACAUAUUAUAUUACAUUCCUUUUGAAUCACAUACCAUACUUGAGUUAUUUAUAGUGUAGUAAAAGUAUAAUGAUAUACAUUGUACUUCACAAACAUGUUUGAUGGUUUAUUUAUUCAUUCAAAGUUUUUCUUAAACGAACUCGAAAUAUAGAUACAAUAUUUAUAAUUUUGAUAUAUACAUAAUUUUUGAAAACACAAUUAAAUUAAAUGUAUAUUUAUGAAAGUACACAUAAUAUCUUCUGACAUCAGUCAAAAUAGCCACGCAUAUUUAAAACUAUGUUCAUAAUGCAAUUAUAUCUUCACUUUUUAUAUGUCUGAUAUAUUGUAGUAGGAGGAAAACAAAAUGUGUAAAUAAUGCUGUAAUAUAUGAAACAUUUCACUAUGAAAUAAUGUAAUUAUUAUUGCUUAAGCUUAAAUUACCAAUGUGAUGUUUAUAUAAAAUAUUUGUACGUUACAUGUGCUACUUGUCGAUAUUGUAAUACUUGAGAUAUAGCGUAUCAAAAUUUGGUUAUAUGAUUUUUAAACAAUUACAUGAAAAUAUUUUGUAAUAUUUGUUUUGUUCAAAUUGUAACACAUUUAAGAAUGUUUCUAUUUUGCUCACUAUAAAAAUGUUUACAUAUUAUUUAUAUGAUAAAAUUAUCGGUGAAUAUGACAUCGAUUAAUAAUACAUAUCGCUCUGAAUUUGUUGAAUUUUUGUUAUUGUUAAAUAUGUCUACAUGUAUCAUACACGUAUUUAUACACGGAACAUCUUAACAAACUGUAAAUGUAAAAUUUAAUUAAAAGAUCAAUUUUGAUAUGUAGGUCCUGUCUAGUCAUUGUUUGUACUUUAUGUUAGGAUUUAUUAUCCUACAAAAGACAAGAAGUGUCUUUAUCAACAUAUUAACAAAAUAUGACAGGAUCAAGACGAAUUUGAUAGAGAAUUGAUAUAUCAAAAAAUUUCACAUUUGAAUAGGCAAUUUAAUUUUCUUACAUAAUACAUCUAAUCAUUUUUUCUGCAUCUUCAUACUUAUAAUAUUGUAUUUUGUAGCAAAAAUUAAGGAAAAAAGAAGAAGAUAAUAUAAUAAACAAAUUAGACAAUUAUUCGAAUAUACAAAAAUCUCAUAAAUUUAGAUCUGAAUAAAAUAAAAAUAAUAUUAUUAGUCAAAUGAGUAGAUUAUGUAUAAGUGAAUGAUUCAUUACUUUGUAUACAAUUCUUUUAAUACAGUGUGACAUUAUAAGGGUUAUAUAAUUUUCUGUUAUAUAUUUCAAGAUUUUAUUAUAAAUAAAUUUAAUUUUCCAAACAUCUUUUAUAUAUAUAUAUAUAUAUAUAUAUAUAUAUAUAUAUAUAUAUAAACUAGUAGAAUAAGUAUGUAAAAUAUGCUUCAUUUAAUUUGUUAUAUAUAAAUCAUCAAUUAAUCAAAAUAUAAAAUUCUACAAAUUAUUAUGUUUGGAUUAUUAAUGAAGAUUAAUUUGACAUUUAAAAAUAAGAUUGAUUAAUUGAAAUAACAGAAAUAAUUUCUAAAGUUAUAUUUAUUAUUUAUGUAUUUAGUUUACAUUAUUACAAAGAUUUGUGUAAGGUGAUUUUAUAUACAAAUAUACAGUAUACAAAAGGCACAAUGUAUCUACGUACUUCAGACCAUAUACAAUAGAAUGCAAAUGAAAUAACAAGAUAAAACUUUCAUAUGCAAAAAAGUUUAAAUAAUAGGUAGAAGAAUAUCACAUUAUUCAUAGAAAAGAUAAUAAACUUAUAGAUAUUAGUUUAUAACUAUAUGGUCUUUGAAGUUACUCUACAAGAAAAUAAUUCUAUUUUCCUUAAUCCAUCUAUAAAAGUCACUUUUCAGUAGCGCAAUAUAGCAUCUAUUCAUUGGGUAUCUUAAAUAUUGCUCUAUGUAAACUGGAGGUAAUUAAAAAAAUAUAUACAUAAAUAUUAAAAAUUAUAAAAUACUUGUGCAUAUUUUAUAAAUACAUUCGCCAGUUUUACUUUUAAUAUCCAAUUCUUUUAAUUAGUUUUAAAGAACUAUUUAAAAAAUUAAAAAUUUCAUUUUAUUUCGUAGCCUAAAAAUAUGGGGGCACUUUGCUUCCUAUCGUAAUAAACUUGUGGAUGCAUAAAAUAUAAAAACUGUGGUUGCACUAAGCAGUAUCUAAAUAACUAUUAUUAUAUAUAUUUAAAAAUGAUAAUUCCUAUGAUUUUUAUACAGUCAUGUACAAUGUCUCCAGCAGUAUGUGCAUGUUUUAUGCAUUCCUAAACAUAUCUAAUAGUUGCUCUAAACGAAUGAAAUUUAUUAUAUGUGCUUCCAUUUGGUUUCAUUUAAAAAUAUACGUAAAUGAACAAAUUAACAGAGUAUACUAUAUUAAAAAAUAAGCGAAUUAUUUGAUUUAUUAUAAAAUUCAUGAAAAAAUUCGUAUUUUCAAUAUAAUUUGAAGCAAAAACUUAUUCUACAAUUAUUUAGGGAAUCAGUAAAGUAUAUAAUUUAUUCCAAUGAAAAUUCUGUAAAUAGAUUCAAUAUAUAUUGAAUAAAAACAUUGAUUAUAUUAACAAACUAAUCUAAAAGGGACAAAUAUAUCACCUGUGUGCAAGAAAAAUGAUACAAUUUCGAAAUUAUCAUAUACGAGAUAUAAAUAUAUCUUGUUUCUAUAUAAUCAAUAUACGAAUGAAAGAAAUUAAAUUAAUUUUUAUAAAAUAUUGCUCUAUCAAAUAGAUUUGAUUUUGGACUUGUCUUAUUUUUCUUGUGUCCAGGCAAUAUGAAAAUGCAAAACAACAAAUAUCUAAUGAAAUGACAUUUCAAUAAUUUCUUUCUUGGCACAAGCUUAUAAAAUUUUAUUACUUAUUCCUUAUAAAUGUGUCUAUAGAACGAAAAUCCGUUCUACUUUUUCUCUUUUGUGAAAUGAUCAACAUUACGAGCAUAGUUCGUUUAUGUAAUUUUGUUCAUUCAAAAUAGAAUGAAUAUUGCUAUUUAUAAAAUUAAAACAAUAUUGGAAUCAUUUUUUAAUUGGCAAUAGAUAAAUAUUUAUCAAUCACACAAAGACAUAAUUUAUUGCUACUGGAGACAACAUUUUUUUGUUCCUUUUUUCUUUUUUUUGGUUUUUUGUUAAAACUUAAUACAGAUCUGUAUAUUUUGUUUUUCGAAAUUAUAUAAUUCUUGGAAGAUUCCUAUCAUAUUAUAAUUAUUGUAUAUAGUUGAGUUUAUAAAUAGAUAUUUAAUCUAUGUAUAUCAAGACUCCAAUUCCCUUCGAAAUAGUUUUAUAAAAAUGACAAAUGAUCCUUGUAAAAGUAUAAAUUGAUAGUUUGUUUCAUUAUUCAUUCAUACGACAAACAGUAUAAAAUCGUACAAUAGUACUGUCUCGAAAAGAGUAGCUCCGAAGACAAUUGCAAUGUAUUACAAGUGAAAAACAUUGUAAAUUUAGUGAUCUUAUAAGGCAUUAAAUGACUUCAAUUUUAUAAGAUUUUUAGGAAUGUAUAAUUACGUAAAAAACAUUAUUAAUUACUACACUCUCCAUCUUGUCUUUGCAUGAUGUAAGUAUAUAAAUUUUAUGUGAUUCCAAGUGCAGAUUUUGGUCAUUGAUUUUGUUUAGACAAAAAUUAUGCUAUUACAAUCUUAUAUUGAUUAUAGAAAAUAGCAAAUAUUUAAAGCGUAUUUUUAUAUUUUCUAUUUCAUAAUUCUUAUUAUAUGUAAUAAGAAGAACCAAGACUUUUAUGUAAUAGACGAUCAGACUAAAUACUGGAAAUAACUGCUUUCACAUCUUUGAAUUGUAUUUCCAAAAAUACUUCGUAGAAAACGCUUAUGAAAUAACAAUAUAAUAUAUUCAUCCCUAAAUAGAUUUAUAAUAUUAUACUUUACAGUUAAACUUAUAUAAACCAAGUUAUAUGGAAUUUUAUCUCUUUCAUUUUAUACUAUAGCAGUCUUUGGUUUCAUCAGCAUCAUUACAUAAAAUCCUUGGUGUGCAAUAAAAUCUGUAGUAUCAAAUGAAAUUAUUGCUUCUAUGCAAAUGUAUAUACUUAUUUCUGGUAUAAAGACUUUUAUAAAGACUCCACUAGUUAAGAAGUAGAAAUCUCAAGCCACAUAUAAAAACUGUUUUGUCCUAAUAUACAAAUUCCAAUAUAAUAUACAGAAAGGAAAGAUAAUCUGAUUUUAUUGAAGAGAUAAUUGAAAUUAUUUAUAGAAAAAGAUUUGUAAAAAUUUUUAAGAACAUACUAUAUAAUUAGCAUAUCUUUUAUAUUCUUCAUUUUGCACAGUUAAAUAUUUUUAUUAUUCUUAUUAUUUUUACUGAAAAUUAUGUUAUGCAUUCGAUAACCCAAAUUUAUGAUCGAAGUAUUUAUUAUAAUAUAUAAAGUGUAUAUUAACAGAUAAAUAUAAUACAGUUAAAUUAUAUCAAAUACAGUUCAGAUAAUAUUAUUCGUAUAAGCUUGUACUCGAGAGUGUUUAGAAACCAAAGACAACCGUCACAAUCACAGUUUUUCAAAAAAAGAAUUAUCAAUACUGAUCAUUUUCAAAAAACUUUUCAAUGAGUACAAUAGGAUGUAAAAUAUGAAAUUAUGAUUGAUUAUCAGUCUAGAUUUGCUUAUUUUGAUUUCACUCAUUAAUUUAUAAAAGAGAUGGUAACUGAAGAAUAGAUAAGCAUCUAGAAUAGACGAUAAUAUAAAGCUAUAAAUAUAAAAAUUAUAAUAUUUAUAUAUGAAAAAUAGCAACAUUUUAAAUUUGACAUAUUAAAGAUCAAUAAGCAAAUCUUAAUUUUGUCAUUAACAUUGCAUAUGAUUAUAUAUUAUAAUCAUAAUUAAAAUAAGAUUUUACCUUUACGAUUUGCAUGAUUCUUAUCAAGUUUAAAUUUCAACUCUAAAUAUAGUAUAUAUGUAUUUUAUCUCCAAAUUUGGUCAUAUAUUACAUCCCAUAUGAAAAUUUUGUAACUAUUAAAAGUGAAAUCUAAUUUUUUCUAUAAAAAUCAAAGCAUUUUAAUUACAUGAUUUUGAUAAUUUCAGAUCAGAAAUCAAAUAACCAGUAUAUGUUUUGUCAUAGUUGGAAGCAAAUCAGUUAAUAUAUUAACGUUUGAACACAAGUGGUUAGUCUCAUUUGGUUUAUAUGGCAUGGAGCUAAUAUUUGGUUUACUCUCCACUUAAGGUAGUGAUCAUUAACAAAGAUAAUUAGUCUUAAGUAUAAAUAAAUUAUUUUUAUGCCUAAAACAAAUUUGUUCGUUUAGAUAGUAUUUUCAGCACACUUAGCAGCACGAGAUAGCAACAAGCUAAAUUUCUAUAGAGUAUAUUAAUAUAUGUACCGAAUGAAAUGAAACUAAUUCUCAUUAAAAAAAUGUCUAAAUUAAA